AUGGAUGCAAAACGAAGUGGCCUUGAAUUUGACAAGACUGCUGAAAAAGUGGUUAUGGAACCAUAUAGUUACAUAUGUAGUACAAAUGGGAAAGGAAUUCGCAGUGCAUUGGUGGCAGCCUUUAAUUACUGGCUAAAAGUUCCUGAAAGUGUUUUGAGUGUCAUAUCAAGUGUAAUCCAAAUGCUGCACAACGCCAGUUUGAUUAUUGAUGACAUCGAAGACGGUUCUCACUUACGGCGUGGUAAACCAGCUGCUCAUUGUAUUUUUGGAGUCGCACCGUCUAUCAAUUCCGCAAACUAUGCUUAUUUUCUUGCCCUAGAAAAAUUAUCUCUACUAGAACGUCCUGAAUCGGUAAAAAUAUUUACAGAGCAAAUGCUUGUAUUGCAUCGUGGACAAGGUAUGGAUAUAUUUUGGCGCUCCUCUUUUAAGUGUCCAUCAGAAUCAGAAUACGAGGCUAUGGUAUUAUGUAAAACUGGUGGUCUGUUCAGUCUAGGUGUUCGUCUAAUGCAAUUGUUCUCUGAAAAUCAAACAGAUUAUAAACCUCUUUUGGAUGCGAUUGGUCUGUUUUACCAAAUUCGUGACGAUUAUGCAAACUUAGUUGAUUUAAGUGUAAGUUGUGUAAACUUGCCUUUUGUUAAAUGCAGUCAGUUAAUUGUGAAGUAUGGCAAUAAUCCCUUGCUUUCUGAGGUAAUCCAAAAACUAACUGACCUACAUCGUACACCUGAUGGUCAUUUACGGUUUAUUACACCAAGGGAUCUUAACUAUGACUCAUUCGAUCACAAUGAGAUAUCUAUUGCUAGCGGUCAUAUUAAUCCUAUUCCUAAAUGA